CUCACCACGCCUCACCUAAUUACCUCCCCACGCCGCGCAUGCGCACCGCCGACGCCGCCGCCGCCAGCACCCGUCCCAUCCAUCGUUCAGUUUCUUUCCCUCAUACUAUGUUUUCCUUGCAACGAUAGACGGCGCAUAUCAUCACUAGCGAUUUGUUGUCGACGGCGACUUUUCUCCCGUCGCCACCCGAUUUCGUUCUACAGGCACGCGACGCCCGCCGAUUUUAUCCGUCUCGUCCAACGACACCCGUCAGCGACCCGCGAACCCCCGCCCUUUCCAACCGAUCGCACCGCUCUGCUCGACGAUUAUAGGGCCAGGAAAUGCCCCUGGCCUCCCAACUCUCCUCCCUCUUCUCAGCCGGCUCCCCGUCUGCGUCGAGCGCCGCCUCGCCCGCGACCCCGGACCCGGACUGCGUCGGCCCCGGCGCCGUCUUCGCCCCGGACCCGUCCCGCGCCCCUCGUCAUGACAGGGAGCUCGUCCCCCACGGCCAGUCGGAGACCAGCGAUAGAGGCUCCGGAUCGGGCGCGGGCAUGAAGUCCGAUGACAUUCAGGUCGAGGGGCGGCCGCCGUAUCUCCAUGCCAUGAUUGCUGGCGGCAUCGGCGGAUCGACGGGUGAUCUGCUCAUGCACUCGCUCGACACGGUCAAGACAAGGCAACAGGGCGACCCAAACAUCCCGUCUAAAUACACAUCCCUCGGCCGGUCAUACUACACAAUAUUUAGGCAAGAGGGUAUUAGGAGAGGCCUGUAUGGUGGCUGGCUUCCCGCCCUCGGCGGUUCGUUUCCGGGUACGGUGCUGUUCUUCGGGACGUACGAGUGGAGCAAGCGCUUUCUCAUAGACCACGGUCUGCAGCAUCACCUGGCAUAUCUCUCAGCUGGCUUCCUCGGCGACCUGGCCGCAUCCAUCGUCUACGUUCCCUCCGAGGUGCUCAAGACCCGUCUCCAGCUGCAGGGCCGAUACAACAACCCCCACUUCCGCUCCGGCUACAACUAUCGCGGCACCAUCGACGCCGCCCGAACCAUUGUCCGCACCGAGGGCGCCUCAGCCCUGUUCUACGGCUACAAGGCCACCCUCUACCGCGACCUGCCCUUCUCCGCCCUGCAGUUCAUGUUCUGGGAGCAGUUCCACGCCUGGUCCCGUGUCUACAAGCAGAGCCGCGACAUUGGCGUCCCGCUCGAGCUCCUCACUGGCGCCGCUGCCGGUGGCCUCGCCGGUGUCAUCACUUGUCCGCUUGAUGUCGUCAAGACGCGCCUCCAGACUCAGGUCAACUCGCCGGUUGACCAUGCGGCCCGAGCGCGCGAUGUGAACCCGCAGAAGCGCCACAUCUCCACGUCGUCGCCGAGCACGCACCGUCCGCAGCCUGGCGCCAUCGCCCUCGAGACAUCAUCUGUCAUCACGGGCCUCAAGGUCAUUUACCGCACCGAGGGCAUCGGUGGGUGGUUUCGUGGUGUUGGGCCCCGCGGCGUGUGGACCUUCAUCCAGAGCGGGUGCAUGCUCUUCCUCUACCAGCGACUACUGCACGAGCUGGAGGUUCGCCUGCCGCUGGACAAAGAGGAGCCAUAGACUCUACUCCAUUUGGUGCUAGCGUGUGUUGUAUUUGGCGAUAGAUGACGUUGGAAACAUUGAAAGACGAGAGGCUUUCGUCGUGUACAAAUAAAGCAAGAGAUAAAAGACUACGUGUACGAAGAGGGAGGGAGAGGAGGAUGCUUCGUGUGGGUGGACAACGGACAUCAUUGUUUGGCGUUGGGGCGGCUGGCUAGACGGGACCGGUACACUUUUAGGCGGCGAGUUGGGGGUCCGCGACGAACAUUUAGACAUGAACUGAGUGUCUCUGCACCAACUCAAGAAUUUUGUAUUAAUAUUCCAUGACAAUCACCCUCUGCCUACCUGCGUGGCUUGAUGGCGCUACUUGUGUGGUCGUUGUGUCAAUGCAACCUUAGGCGUC